GUCAUCGGCUGCAUCGACAACACCUUCUUCGAAUCCCCGGCUCUCAUGCGCUGGCACGAAACCAUGCACGAGGCCGGCAAUGCCAUCGGCCCGUCGAAGCAUGUAGACGCCAUCCACGCCGCCGGCUUUGUUGACGUCACUGUAAAGAGGUUCGCCUGGCCGCUCAAGGAGAUUGGUAUGCUGCAUUAUGUCAACCUCGACUCGGCACUAGAGGGGCUGUCUCUGGGCUUGUUUACACGCGCCCUUGGCUGGACACGGCAAGAAGGUUUGGACCUCUGUGCGGAAGCGCGUAUGGACUUGAAGAACAAGAAGGUCCACGCGUAUUGGAAUUUUCAAGUCGUGUAUGCUAGGAAGCCAGGAUGGGCGUAG